AAAAUUCGCGUCUUCCCAUCUCCAUCAUUCCGACACUUGCCUAUCUCAUCGUCGCGAACUUUGCCGGUUGCCAAGCAUGGGCGGCCUACUGUCCAUCUUCAGACCCGAAUUCACAUGGCCGCGACCCAUUCAGCCCCGUAUCAGCGAGUCAACUCCGCCUCUACCCUACCUACCAGGCAAAUUCCUCCGCCGAAUGAUUGCUCCCCUUCAUGAACUGCUAUACCCGUUCUCGGAAAAGUAUUGCGCUUGGUUCGACAUCCCUUUCGACCGGGACAUAUUGCAGCUUCCCUUUGGUCUUGUUCUCAAAUGGUCGGAUCGUGCCAGCAUCGAGGAGGUCGCCGCGAUGAAAAUGGCUCGCGCCGCUGGAAUGCCUGUUCCUUUGGUCUUGACAUGCGGAGACCACCCGAACCAUGUUCGCCGUUUUUCGAUUCUCAUGACCAGGUUGCCCGGGAUUUGUCUCAACAAUGAUAAUGAGCCAUUGCACCCCGAGAUUGAGCAGCCGUGGCUGUCGCAAUUGCACUCCUGCUUGAUCGCUAUGCGGAAGUGGAAGUCACCCUAUGGGAAGCGUAUCUGCUCAGCUCUGGGUACGACUAUCUGGAGCACGAGGGUGCCUUUCCACAAGAUGGGUCCCUUUGAGACAGAGGCGGAGAUGCACGACUUCUUGUUUGAGCCUCAGUCCUCGCACGCCUUUCCCUCGAAGGAAGCCUUCGAAACGACCCUACAAUUGGCGAAUGAGAUUCGCAGUUUUGAACAUCGCAUCACUUUUACGCAAGGAGAUCUCAAAGCACACAACAUUCUCGUGGGAGACGACAACCAACUCACAGGCUUCCUGGACUGGGAAUCUGGAGGCUGGUAUCCAGAGUAUUGGGAGCAUAGUACUGCGAUGAGAUGGGGGAGGAACAGUUGGUGGUACCAGGUCGCCACCUACCUUGGGGGCGACCAAUACCAGAAACAAGUGGAAUGCGACCGUGCUCUGAACAACUUAACAGUGGAUUCAUACAUCGCCUUCUAGAUUGGGUAAACAAAGCACGAUUGCUAAAUACAAUUGCACCGAAGCGAUAACGGUUCCCAAUCUGAAAGAUUUCGUUUUGUAACGCAUUUAUAUCGCCACAUUUGACCAGACUGUUCGCCCUGAGUAUAGCUAUAAUCUGCAUUACCCACACCCGACAAGUUAGUCCAGGAAUCUGGUUUAACUCGCGGUCUUUCGAUCUUGCAAUUCCAUCCAUCUGGACCACUGCCUGUAAGGGAAUUGUGGCGAUCUGGAUCAGCACACAUAGAAAGCUUGAUUUGAAGACUCCUUUCGUAGAUCCGUGGUCGUUAAUCCAGCCUCUUGAGAGGUUCGUGAUGUGAUAUUUGGUACCACCAUCCGUUCCUGAUCGGUGAAAGUACAGCCCCCAAUGAAAGUCAUUUGGCCCAGGAGGGUCGGACCGGAUCCAAAGCACAAUAAACAAACCGCGAACCGGUAGCGACGCCAAAGCGAGAUCUUGGAGCCUCCUGAUCUCACCAAGACGGACUUUGUUCUCCAGUGUAUAGAGUGCGGAUCUGGGUGCCGCAGUAGAUCCAGAUGUUGUCCUGUCCGAGGAUGCUGCGCCUGUAGCUCUCGCAGACCGUUCUCGGCUUGAAAGAGGUGUUGUGCUCGUGGAUGAUCGACUGCCGCUCGCUGUCCUGGAUGAGGAAGAUUCGGAUUUUCUUUCGAAGAAAUUCAUCUUCGGGCGCUGCGAAAAGAACUGUAGUUGAGGCGAGGAGCUGGAGACGAGUCAGUCGGUAGGACGUUAGGAGCCAUCGCCUGGCUGUCCAUGGACCUUUAAAUGCUGUACUACCCACCUACCUAUCUAGCAAUUGUGAUGCUACCUACCUAUCUAUUGAUAUCUUUCUGCGAAG